AUGUUGCUGCCUCCAGUAAAUGAGGUUGAAAAACGUUCUAACAUAGAGUUUGGCGCGAAAGGGGAACAUACAGAAAGUAGUGAUGUAAUCGAUGACUUUGCCAAAUGGGAUUCUGCCCUGGUUUAUGAUCAAUACGAAGGCGAUGAAGAUGUGAUUGAAGAGUUCCAUGGACAACUAUAUAAUGAAGUAAAAGCUCUUUAUAUCCAACUUGAUUUUCAAUUUGAAGGUUUAUCUUUGGGGUUGGAUUUGAGCUCUACUGUUGGGGUUGGAAGAAGAAGAGGCUCUGGCUUGGUUGUGAGGGCCGGAAAGGCUGCCCUGUGUCUAACCAAGAGAAGUAGGUCCAGGAAAUCCUUGGCUCGAACUCAUGGCUUCCGUAGACGCAUGAGAACCACUGGUGGGAGAGCAAUGAUGAAGCGCCGACGUGCUAAGGGGCGGAAGGUCCUCUGCACGAAGAGCAAUCCCAAUAGUGGAAAACGGGCCUGAUUGCGUCUUUUCAUAUUCAGUUUAUUAGGUAAAUGCAAUGGCAUGUAAGGUAAUGAUGUCCAAUAGCUUAUUCUUGUGAACAAAGGCAGAAUUUCAAACUUAUUUCUCAUGAUACCUUUUGUAUUGUUUCACUUGGAAAGGCUAAUUUUUUUUUUUUGUUUGAA